AUGCACGAGCCCAUUCUGCAAACCAAGUCGACACCGCAAGACGUUCGCUACUGGAAUACGCUUGAUGCGUUUGUCAAAAUAUACCAACGCGAGGGCUUGGGUGCAUUUUACCGUGGGCUUUUCGCGAGUCUUCUUGGCAUUACCCACGUCGCUGUGCAAUUUCCGCUGUAUGAAUGGUUUAAAGAGCUUGCGCACAAGUACGAGCAACGCGAUACGCUCGGCCCGGGCACCAUCUUGAUCUGCAGCGGUGGUUCAAAAAUGGUUGCGUCGAUCGCCACAUACCCCCACGAGGUAAUCCGCACGCGGCUCCAGAUGAUCUCCAACUCGACUCAUCGCCAGUAUACAAGUUUCCUCCAAACGGUGCGAUAUAUUUAUAAACAUGAGGGGAUUCGCGGGUUUUACAGAGGCAUGGGCGUAAAUCUCGUGCGGACUGUCCCAAACUCGGGUCUCACGAUCCUUACAUACGAGGUGAUCUUACAUUACUUCGCUACGCACGCAUCUUCUACGUAA